GGCGGGGGUGAUGGAUGCCAGCCAGGCCGGCUCCAUCCGCCGUCCGUCGCCUCCAUCCGACGGCCGUCCCGCCGCGCCGUCCCAUGCCGAGCGAGCCCAAUCAUUUCACAUCGUCUGGCGCUCGCAGGUCGCAGACGCAGCUCGGCCCCCCCUUCGUCCUCUUCGGCUCCUCCUCGCAGUCGCUCGCUGCGUGCGCCAAAAGCAGCAGCAGCAGGAGGAGGAGGAGGAGGUCCUCCAGCCGUCGCCGUCUCCACUCUCCACCACCACUGCUCGGCGGCGCGCCGGAUCGAGGGAGGGCAGUCGGAGGAGGAGGAGGGAUGAGUCUCUUCGGGCUUGGACGGAACCAGAAGACAUUCCGUCCCAAGAAGAGUGCUCCGUCAGGCAGCAAGGGAGCGCAGCUCCGGAAGCACAUAGAUGCCACUCUCGGCAGUGGAAACCUUAGGGAAGCUGUGAGGUUGCCCCCUGGAGAGGAUAUCAAUGAAUGGCUUGCUGUGAAUACUGUGGAUUUCUUUAACCAAGUUAAUCUGCUGUAUGGCACACUCACAGAAUUCUGCACACCUGAGAGCUGCCCGACAAUGACAGCUGGCCCAAAGUACGAGUACAGAUGGGCUGAUGGUGUGCAGAUAAAGAAACCCAUAGAGGUAUCAGCACCAAAAUAUGUGGAGUAUCUGAUGGAUUGGAUUGAAGGCCAGCUUGACGAUGAAUCCAUAUUUCCUCAAAAACUUGGCACGCCAUUUCCACAAAACUUCAAGGAAGUAGUGAAGACAAUAUUCAAGCGCUUGUUUCGUGUCUAUGCCCACAUCUACCACUCUCAUUUCCAGAAGAUUGUUAGCCUUAAAGAGGAGGCCCAUCUCAAUACCUGUUUCAAGCACUUCAUUCUGUUUACAAAUGAGUUUGGCCUGAUUGACAAGAAGGAGCUGGCUCCACUCCAGGAGCUCAUCGAAUCCAUCAUCGUUCCUUACUGAUAAUACACUACUAAACAUGGAUGCAGAGCUCUCAACGCUGAUGGCUGUGAAAUUUAGUCUAUUUUCGACAAUACUUCACUGGCUCAUUGCAUAGAGCUUCUUGAUCCAGUUAUUAGACAUAAAAGGACAUGCUAUAUGUGCGUGUACCUGUGUGUUUCUUCCUGAUCCUGUAUUGGCCUGUGUGUUUCUUCCUGAUCCUGUAUUGGCCAUGUAAGUGUGCCUGUUAUCAGCUAUAGAACGGUGGUGAUGUACUGCAGAAAGAAAAACACAAGAAAGCUGUGUUGGAUUAAUGUAUGUAUGCAGCGUUUGUUUCCUCAUGGUUUAUGUUACCAUCAGUUUGUCA